CUUUCGCUCAAUGUUCUUCGAUCUAAACCUUCCGGUAUCAUUACCCACAGCUACCCACUUCUCGAAAAAGGGAAAAGGGAAAGCAUUUGAUCAAGACCCUCAGUUCACAGCAGCUCAGCUACGCGUGGUAGAUGCACAAAUCGAUGUACUCGUUCACUUAGGAUAUAGGGUCAUUGCUUUCAACCAAACCGUUCACAAGAAGGUGGAUCCGAAGAUACACGUGAAUUUACUCGAUGGAUUGCUUUCGCAGCUCAAGGGACGCGACGGAAUCGUGUUCCUGAAACGAUUAACCAUAAUCCUAGACGAGGACAGCGAGAAAGGUUUCGGCCUUAUCAACGCCAACAUUCCUUAUUUCAACUCAUACGACCUUCUGAGCUUGAUCCCGACAAAUCAGGCAACAUUGGCACUUGCGUGUCUUACGCAUACUUUACCGUCACAACUGACGACACAUAUCAUAUCCAUACCGCUCACACUGGCCCGCCCACCGUUUCACCUGAAGCAUACUCUGAUAAGGACGGCGAUAAAGAAUGGCGCUGUUUUUGAGAUCAGCUAUACUGGGGCGCUCGGUGGAGAAAGUGAACCGAUACUUGUUGAAGCUGGGGUAGCUGAUCCAAGUGCUCUUAGUGCUAGAAGAAAUUGGUGGGCUUCUGCAAGGGAACUCGUCAGGGUAACUAAGGGCAAGGGUCUCAUUGUCAGCGGAGGGGUGGUUGCGCAAGCAGAUUUCAGAGCACCGAGGGACGUUGCCAAUCUUGUUUCUUUGUUAGGCCUGCCUCAAGACGGUGCCCACGAUGCAUCGACCAAGAACGCAAAGUCAACAGUCCUUCGUGCACAAACGCGGAAAACGUAUAGAGCCGUUCUUUCAGAGCCGGUAAUAAUGGUUCCCGAAGGCUACUAUCCUGACCAGCCUGCAGAAACGACACAGCCGACUCAUAAUGUCUCGGUGGCCCCGCUCGCAACAGAGAAGGAUGUGAACUCUGUUAAUGGUAAGAAACGGCCCAGAGAGGAAGAUGUUAUUGGUGGAACUGCGACAAACCUCACGAGUAAUCACAGUUCAAAAGGCGGUGAAGGGGACAAAAGGAAAAAGAAACGGAAAAAGAAUCAAGAAAGGAACGCGAACUAGCAAGACAGAGGUGGCAUGAUUCAGCUUUGUUCACCCUCGAAAUCUACCCUACCCUUUACAAAGUUCCAACCCAGACAAUGUUUCAAUAAGAAUGUCAUUUAGUGC